AUGAACUCCGCUGGCUCACAGAAUAUAUCGGGCGUGCUCAUCCCUCGCCCAGAGACAGAGGCCUACACAUACCACCUUGUAGAUCUGAUCAAGACGGGGGAACUUUUGGGUAGCAAGUCAAGCGAUGAUAAUGCCGAGUUGAGCAUAGUUGACCUUUGCACGGGCACAGGCUGCAUUCCUUUGCUUUUGUAUACUCUGCUUCAGUCAUCUUUUCAACGCUUGCGUGUUCGAGGAGUUGACAUUUCGCCCCAAGCAGUCGGCCUCGCAAAGCUCAAUGUCUACCAUAAUGCCAAGCUAGGCAAUAUUGCGACUUCUCAACCUGGUCAAAAGCUCGAUAUCUUGAGGGGUGACAUCUUCAAGGACCAAGAUGUUGCCCCUAUAGCCCAAACCCCAUGCGACAUAUUGGUGUCAAACCCACCAUAUGUCUCUCAGAAGGCCUGGGAUUUUGGCCAGGGGCUUCUGGGAUGUUCUGUUCGCAAGUACGAGCCGCGCUUAGCCCUUGUCCCAAAUCAUGAUUUGCCUGUUCCAACCGGAUGGCUGCACGAGGAUGUGUUUUACUCUAGACUCCUAGAUAUCGCCAUGUUACUAAAACCGAGAGUCGUGCUUCUCGAGCUGGGAGAAGAAUCACAAGCUCGUCGUGUACUGGGCCGUUUAUUUCAACACAGAGUAGCAGAGUUUGCCAUGGUUGAAGUUUGGCGCGAUUGGCCAGACCUGAACACGGCUGACGGAGAAGCAGCAGACCUUGUUGUGGAAUUGAAUAAUAUAUCUCGAAGGGUUUCGGCUAAAGGACGCGGCCAGGUUCGGUCACUUCUAUUGCGCCUGCAAUGGAAUAUUUAG